AUGGAAUCCUCUGAGCACAGAGAGCCAAGUCCCCCGCUUUUCGUCUACGACGCCUUACUCCAAGCCGAUCGUGACAUCCGGCUACUCGACCUCGAAUGGAGGGAAGACAAAAAUAUGCUACAUGGGCGCUUGAAGCCCGUACGGUUGAAACAUGCCGGACGGUUGAAAGAAAACCUAGGGUACGAAGCGCUAUCUUACACCUGGAACGGUGAAACACCAUCAAUACCAAUCAUCUGCAAUGGAAAGUCCCUAAUGAUAACGGAAUCGCUGAAUCUGGCUCUGGAAACAAUGUGCAAAUUAUCGUCGCCGCGCCGCUUAUGGGUUGACGCUGUCUGCAUCAAUCAAGCUGACGAUGACGAGAAAGCCCAGCAAAUACCCCAGAUUUAUUCGAUAUAUCAUGCCUCAACUCAGCUCGUUAUCUGGCUGGGCCCUUCUACGGAAGCCACCAAUCGGGCCAUGGACAUGUUAGGACAGCUUCUCGUAAAGUUCAUUCCAGUCCUGAACCAGUUCUCGCCUUCUAGUCCAUUUUUCCAAACUUUGGAAAGACUCGGUCUCCCUCCCGGAUGCGAUGUUAUUUGGAAAGGGUUGUUGGACAUCCUCACUCGAAAAUGGCAUUCGCGGCUGUGGACUUUGCAAGAAUAUAUCGCUGCCCAAAAAGCCACCGUGUACUGUGGCUCCAGAUCGGCCAACCUGAAGGUUCUACAAUGGCUCAACAGCCACUUGUUUCGCAUGGGCUUAACCCGAAUGAUGUUGACUUUAAGAGAGUGGGAGAAGGGGACUGCCCGCUUGAGUUUCCAGAUAUUCGACUGUUCCUCCUUGGUGCUUCUCACUGAAAUGAUUCGGGGUCGGGAGUGCAGCGAACCAGUUGACAAGAUUUACGGCGUCAAAGCGCUUUGCGAUUCUCUCAAGUCUGUGAAAGUGGAUUAUUCAGAAGCCAGCCGAAAGCAAUACUGGAAUCUAUACAUUGAGGUUGGUCAUCUGUUGCUGCUAGAGGCGCCGAAUAUAAUGCCUUUAAGCAUGAUCUCGACGAGCUCGAGAUGCCUGCACCUGCCAUCUUGGUGCAUCGACUUCAACUCGCUCCCACGUCGAGAUCUCAUAUGGGAUGGUUUCGACGCUGGUGGCCCUUCCCUCCAAGGGUUCGUGUCGCCGCAUGUGGCCAGCUCGUGGGACAAGCGACGGAUCUACCUGCGAGGAUUCGCGGUCGAUUUUGUUGUCCAUAUUUCGCAACCUUUUCCGAACGUCGAUCCCAACAAUGAAUCGAGCCUAGACUCGGCCCGAGUGUUGGAAUGGCUCGAGCAUUGCUCAGAGUUAGUCGACCCUCACAGUAAGCAAGUGAGCCACAAGUCAGAUAUCUCUCCUGAGGCAUUCCUCCGAGCCAUAUUUUGCAAACACAAGACCACGAACGGUUUCGACAUCCAUGAGCUGACACGGCAAUAUCGCCUUGCCACUUUGGGUCUCGAGAUCGCAUCCAGCGGUCGGUUACUGGGCAACGAACGGCUACAAAGCCAGCUAGAUCGCGCUCAUGCCGUCGAAAAUAUUGAUUUCAUAACCACCACAUGCCACGAGCGUUGCUUCGGCGUUACCAGUCAGGGACGCUUGGGACUGGUCCCUGCAGAGGUCCGGGAGAACGAUCUGCUAUGCGUGUUUCGAGGCGCCAAAGUUCCUUUUGUCCUACGCCCGCACCGAGACUCAGACAGGUAUGAAUUGAUUGGUGAAGCAUAUGUCCAUGGAAUCAUGCACGGAGAGCUUUUCCACAACGGGAGACUCCAAGACGAGGCCGACAGCAAGGUAUUUGAAAUUGUUUAA